AACCGCAUUCGGUGUCCACGUCCCACAGAGAGAAGACCUGUCGAUCAGCCGAACGCCAUAUACGUGGCAGGAUUGCGCUGCAAUCUCUAGUGCAUUACUUCACGUUUUCACCGUAUCUACGGUCCUUUUCACCUUUCACGCCAUACGCGAGGCUACAAACUUCAUCUGUGAAACAUGGGCUUGACGAUUUCCAGUCUCCUCACGAGACUUUUUGGCAAGAAGCAGAUGCGAAUUUUGAUGGUUGGACUAGAUGCGGCUGGCAAGACAACAAUCCUGUACAAGCUGAAAUUGGGUGAAAUCGUCACCACCAUCCCAACGAUAGGAUUCAAUGUGGAGACUGUAGAAUACAAGAACAUCUGCUUCACCGUCUGGGACGUUGGGGGUCAAGACAAGAUCCGUCCCCUCUGGAGACAUUACUUCCAGAACACUCAGGGUCUCAUCUUUGUGGUCGACUCAAAUGACAGGGAGAGAAUAACAGAAGCUCAGGAAGAGCUUCAAAAAAUGCUUCAAGAGGAUGAACUACGGGAUGCCGUGCUCUUAGUGUUUGCUAAUAAGCAGGAUCUUCCCAAUGCCAUGAGUGCAGCUGAACUCACCGAAAAGCUCGGUCUCCGAUCUCUAUCCAGCCGUCGGAUAUGUCUGACACAAAGAUUAUAUAAAUGGAGGGGCCUCUCCUAUGGCACGUGGUGCUGCACCCUUCCAGGUGCAGCCGCCAUCUUACUGAAGUCGCAUGAGCAAGGAGUUCAUAGCAGACACAUGGAAAGAGGGAGGACAAAGGAGGCAACUUGCCCCGGGCUAUAUGCCUGGGGACCUCCAUGCUGGAACCCAACCAAUCACACUAUUCAUUUCCGCGUGCGAGAAUUCACCAAGAUAGCGGAAGCAUCUGUAAGUCUCAAGGCAGCAAAGGCCUCUCCAGAGACAUCUAUAUGCACUCUAUGGUCUGACAUCAUGAAGUCUAGCUGCCUGGGAACGGACUCCCUUCCAAAUGGCACCUGGAUCCAAGUCUUGAGAGAAGGAGAUAGACAAGUCUUGGGCCUGGGCAUCCUGGUCCUUCUCGAGAUCCUUGCUGCGGCAUCCCUGGGAGAGAUCCUCCGCCUCCUCCCCCGGCUCGGGAGCGUGGGGAUCCGUGUCCUCCCCGGAGAAGGGACUCUCGCGCUCGUACCUCCCUUCUUGUCCGAAGAACGACGGCAUCCCUUCCGAGGAGGCUGGAGAUCUGUUCUGCAGUCCUUCCUCCAUUCUGAGCGGGGAAGAAAGACCUGCAGCCUUCCGUUGGGAUCAGAGAAAUUCGCUUUUGCGAUCGGAAACGAACUUGGAAUUGGUAUCUUCGUCGUCCUGGUUGCCCUGGGACCUGUCGGUGCUGGGGGACGCCUGCGGCUGAUGCCACGGCAGACUUCCUGCUCCGAGCCCCUCGCUCAAUGC